AUGACUGUUGCUGAUGCGGAAGCUGACAUUAUCAGAAUUAUCGGAGGCAUUUACAUUGGAGGUAUACAACCUAUUGCCGAGCAUGUUCCUCUGAAUGCUAUCUAUAAAAUAACUCAUGUUUUAUCAGUGAUAAAAUUCCAAGUUAUUCCAGAGUACCUCGUUAGAAAAGGAUAUAUCAUGAAAAACAUCGCAAUAAAUGACGACGAUACGACCGACAUAUUGCAAUACAUCAAUGAAACGAAUAUGUUUUUGGAUCUUUGUCUGUUUCCAGAUGAGACAGAAUACGAUCCAAAAAAAGUUGAUUUCAAACGCAAACCACAGAAAAAUGGUGUAUAUAUACAUUGUCAGGCGGGAUGCUCAAGAUCGGUGGCCUUUACGGUGGCCUAUCUCAUGUAUCGAUACGGAUUUAACUUGAAAACUUCCCUUCAUGCAGUCAAGAGGAAAAGGGCAUCAGCUCAGCCCAACGAAAAUUUCAUGAAUCAACUAAAAAUUUUCGAGGAAAUGGGCGGAGAUUAUGUUAUCGAUAGUCAUCCUACAUAUACACAAUGGAAGUUAACGAAUUCAGCUAAAUAUGAUCCUUCAGGCGCUGAUAUCUUAUCUCGCGAUGACACAUUUGCGAAGGAUGAGGUAAAAGAUUUACACAAGAUGACACCACAGGAACUUGCCAAAGUAACUGUUCUGAGGUGUAAAAAGUGCAGACAAAGACUGGCAUUUUCCACCUCGUUUAUUAAUCAUGAACCACCAAGUAGAGAAUCAUCUGAAGGUCAUUUCAUUAGAAGAGCUGCAGGUUCACAUCGUAUUAUAGACAUAAAAGAAUCACAAGACCAAUGCUCCCACUUCUUCGUAGAACCCUUAAACUGGAUGAAGGAAGAAUUACAAGGAAAGCAGGAAUUGGAAGGAAAGUUUUUUUGUCCAGGAUGCUCCUGCAAGGUUGGUGGAUACAACUGGAAAGGCUCCAGAUGCAGUUGUGGAAAAUGGGUCAUUCCUGCGAUACAUUUGAUGAGAAAUAAAGUUGAUCAAGUGCCACUUAAGGAAAGGACACUACCAAAUAUGAUCGAAUUCAAAGCAGAAAAAGUAAAUGUAUAG